CUUCAACAUAGACUCGUUAUUUACCUAUCUCUUCAGUUUCCAACUCUAUCAUCACAGUACAUUCGGUUCAUCUCAUUUUCUAAAUCUGAAUCAAAUACCUCAUGUUUUUCUCACAAUUUCCAUGAACUCCGAAAUCAGUCCUUUUAAAUUUUUUCGUUAACGCAAUGGCUGUUGCAGCCUUCAAAUCCUCCUCUGGGAGAGGCAAUUUAACAACUUCUUCAGGUACCGUAGCUUCUGCGAGAGAAUCCAGAGAAAAAGCGCGAAAGAAAGCUCCAAUUCGAAGAUCAAGGAGUGUAAGUGCUUUCCAAGAUCUAGCUUGGAUAUAUCUACUGAGUUUGUGAACAAGAGGGAUAAUCCUUUGUUUUUGAGCUGUGCGUUAUCUCGGGAAGGUCAAAACGAAUCCGUGGAAAAUGCUGGAACUGCUAAACUAGACGAAACUACAACUACGACCUUGGAUCCUGCUAGUGCGAAGUCUACAGAUUCUGAUGGUAGAUAUGGUAGGAGAGGGAGAUCCGUGAUGAGAGAUAAUGCAUUGAACUGUGAGGGGCCGAUGAUGGGUCGGAAGGAAACGGUUCGGAGUUUGUCCAGAGUGGACAAUGGCCGUCGUAAUCGUUCGGCUUCAGAAGUUCCGGUUUCUAGACGACAUUAUUCCACUUCUGAGAGCGAAGCUGAGCAAGAUUGCAGCAUAAUAAAAUCUAAAGAUGGAAGCAAUUUAAAGUUUUUGGGGAGUAAUGGGAAAGGUGAUUUGUCCAGAAGCAACAAUGGUGUAAUGGAACAAACGAAAAAAUUGCAGGCUUGGUCUAGCCAGGAUUCCUCUUUUGUGGCUUCUGUUAAUUCAGCUGUGAUUUCGUCUCGUUUGCAUAAACCAAACUGUGAGGAUGCAGUUUCAACAGCAAAUUCAGUUUGGGAUUCUGAAGAGAAAACUAUCAAAGCAGUUUGUGAACAAAUGAAGUCAGCACCACCAGAUAUAUUGGAAGCUAGUGAUAUAUAUGAAACAGUUCGUUCUGAAGUGAGGCAUGCUAUUUUUGAGAUUCAGAAUGACCUUGAGAGUGCUAUCCGAAGUAGUAAUGCUACUGCUAUGUCUAUUAUAACCGCGGCUGAUAUUCCUCCUGACUUGGUAAACCCUGGUGCGGUGGAGUUGGUUUUGGAUGUUAGAAGAAAGUAUGCCAAGAAGCUUGAAGAGUCCCAGGAGCGGGCUAGAAAACUUCAGGCUGACCUGGCUGUAGAGGAGCACCGUACACAAGAACUGGAUAGAAUCUUGAAAGAAGUUCUUCCAUAUCCGAAGACCCCAAAUGUGCAGAAGUCUCGUUCAUCAAGAAAAGCUAGCAUUGAAAGAAGAAAGAUGUCAAAACGUCUUGCUGAAGAUGCCAUGGCUUAUUUUGAUGAGUGUGUAUCGUUAUCCCCAUUUGAUAGUUCUGAUUUUUCAUCACAAGAAGAUGCACCACUCAAUUUAUUUGAGUCUCCUAUUGUGUCCGACAGACAAUUACCUGAGGGGUUCUAUUAUCCGGAACAAUCCAUAAAUAAUCAUAGUGGAAUUUCACAACCAAAUCAAGGCAUUAAUAGCAUGGCAUCUGUACAAGAUCAACUUAGUCCAAGUGGUUCCAAAUUCCAGUUCUCCUUUGCAAAGAAGCCGUCUGAAACCUCUGAACUUCAUCAAGGCAUUGAACAAUACAUCAAGAACUUGGACAAAAAUGUGAUCAAGUUAUCCAAUGUAAGAUCAUCAAAUUACCAUAACAUUGACAAGUAUGAUUGCAAUUCUUCUGCGGAGGAUUUGUUGAUUGAUAGUGUAUUGAUGAAAAAUAGAAUAGAAUCAGGUAGUUUGUUACUUUGUGGCGGCGGUACUUUCUUUAACUAUUGUGGUAUAGGAAUUUAAUAGGAAAACAUUGUUCUAUCGGUAUGAUGUAAUUUUUCAAGCUUGUUUUAGUUUUUUUUUUUUUUGGGUAACCAAUAGAAAUUUAAAUGUAUAAUCUGCUCAAAUAACAUGGCUUCUCUUGUUUGAUCUACACUUCAUCCAGCAAAUUUUAAAUAUAAUUAUCACCUCGAGCUGAAGUUUUUAUAUGGAA